AUGGUUACUGCAAAAAGAGGAUUAGUAGCUCCACAAAAUACUUUUUUAGAAAAUGUCAUUAGGCGUUGUAAUAAUGCUGAUAGUACAUUUAUUCUUGCUAAUGCCCAAAUUGUUGAUUAUCCAAUAGUUUAUUGUAAUGAUGGUUUUUCAAAAAUGAUUGGUUAUCCUAGAGCAGAAAUAAUGCAAAAACCUUGUUCUUUAUCAUUUAUGUACGGUGACCAGACAGAUGAGAAUGCUAUACAAAAAAUUCAGAAGGCUCUUAGUAAUACAAAAACAGAACAAACUGAAAUUGAACUUGUUAAAAAAAAUAAAUCAGUUAUAUGGUUAAUAAUUCAUAUAGCACCAAUAAAAGAUGAUCGUGAUCAGGUAGUAUUAUAUUUAUGUCAAUUUAAAGAUAUAACACCAUUAAAACAACCAUUAGGAGAUGAAAAUAAUAAAGGCCUUAGUAGAAUUUUACAAAUAGCUAGGAUAGCAAAAUCAAAACAACAAUUUAAUCAGAUAGAUACAAAAGAUUUACAGAGAUCUCAUAAAUCAAUAGCAUCAGUAUCAUCAAAUUUUAAUCAGGUUAUGAAUCUUGGAGGUGAUAUGUUACCUCAAUAUAGGCAAGAAACACCAAAAACAUCACCACAUAUCAUUUUACAUUACUCAACAUUUAAAACAGUUUGGGAUUGGAGUAUUUUAGGUUUAACUUUUUAUACAGCAUUCAUGGUGCCAUAUAAUAUUGCCUUCAAGACGAGAGAUUAUCUUAAGGGUCCACCAAAAACAAUUGAUCAUGUUGCGAUGAUGGAUAGUAUUGUUGAUGUUAUAUUUUUUGCUGAUAUAUUACUUAAUUUUCAUACAACAUUUGUUGGUCCCGGUGGUGAAGUUGUUAUUGAUCCUUCUAUUAUAAGAAGAAAUUAUUUUAAAUCAUGGUUUAUAAUUGAUUUAUUAUCAUGUUUACCAUAUGAUAUAUUUUAUAUGUUUAAACAUGAUGAUGAAAGAAUUGGAUCAUUAUUUAGUGCAUUAAAAGUUGUUAGACUUCUUAGGUUAGGAAGAGUUGCCAGAAAAUUAGAUAAUUAUUUAGAAUAUGGUGCAGCAACAUUAUUAUUAUUAUUAUGUGCUUAUGUUUUAGUAGCACAUUGGAUGGCAUGUAUAUGGUAUUCUAUAGGUGAAUAUGAAGUUAAACAAAGAAUGAUUGAUGGAGCAUAUCCAGAUAAUUGGUUAGUUAAAUUAGGAAAUGAUCUUAAACAACCAUUUAUCUUUAAUAUUACGAGGAUGGAUUAUCCAGAUCGUGUACAAAUAUAUGGUGGACCAGAAAGAACAACAACAUACCUAUCAUCAUUAUAUUUUACUAUGAGUUGUAUGUCAACUGUUGGAUUUGGUAAUAUUGCUUCAAACACUGCCAAUGAAAAAUUAUUUAGUAUUAUUAUGAUGAUAAUUUCGGCACUUUUAUAUGCAGCUAUUUUUGGUCAUAUGACAACUAUCAUUCAACAAAUGACUGCUUCAAGAGUUAGAUAUCAUGAAAUGAUAAGUAAUGUUCGUGAAUUUAUUAAACUUCAAGAAAUACCAAAAGAAUUAUCAGAAAGAGUUAUUGAUUAUGUAACAUCAACAUAUGCCAUGACAAAAGGAAUUGAUAUAUCAAAAAUACUUGGUUAUUGUCCAAAAGAUAUGAAAGCAGAUAUAUGUGUUCAUUUGAAUAGAAAAGUUUUUAAUGAACAUGCCUGUUUUCGCCUUGCAUCAGAUGGGUGUUUAAGAAGUUUUGCUGUAUAUCUUGAAACUAAUCAUGCAGCUCCAGGUGAUUUAUUAUAUCAUACAGGUGAAUCAGUUGAUGCAUUGUGGUUUGUUGUACAGGGAUCAUUAGAAGUAAUUCAAGAUGAGGAGGUUGUUGCUAUCCUUGGAAAAGGAGAUGUUUUUGGAGAUGAAUUUUGGAAAACAUCACAUAUUGGACAAUCAGCAGCUAAUGUUAGAGCAUUAACUUAUACUGAUUUACAUAUGAUAAAAAAAGAAUCAUUAAUGGAAGUAUUAAAUUUUUAUAAAUCAUUUGCUAAUUCAUUUGCAAGAAAUCUUGUCUUAACAUAUAAUUUAACACAUAGAUUAAGAUUUAGAAAAAUGGCUGAUGUCCAGAGAGAAAAAGAAUUAGAUGAAAGAAGAAAACAUGAAAAAUUAACUUUUCCAGAAGAUCAUCCUGUUAGAAAAUUAUUACAAAGAAUGAGAGAAAAACAUGCUUCUAAAGUAUUACCAAUAAAUUCAGAUAUUGUUAAUAAUAGAAGAGAUUUAGAAAGAAGUUCACAUAAACAUAAAGAUAUUAUUAGUAGAGGUAGUAGUUUAAAAUCAAUAUCAAUAUCUCCAGAUGAUAUAGGAUUAUGUGGUGGUGUUGGUGGUAAUGAAACAAGUAAUGAAUUUAUCUCACGAGCCCCAUCACUAGGAGCAUUAAGAAAAAGGAGUCCCUUAAUGAAAGGUAAGACAUUUGAUGAUGGGUCCUCUGAGUUUAGACCUCUUCAUCCAAUGACAAGGUUUAAACAUCAAACUUCAUCUCCUAAUGUUUCAGUUCCAAAUUUAUCUCACGGAUAUGAUUCAGUGGAGGCAAUAUAUAGUAUAAAAAAUGAUGUUCAAAGGAUAGAUGAUCAAUUAGGAGAUCAAAAAACAAAUAUAGAUAAAAUUCAACAACAAUUAAAUGGUAUUGAAAAAUUAUUAAAACAAUUAACAUUAACAAGAAAUGGUAUAGGAACACCAUCAACAUAUGCAAUGGGGUCAUUUUCAGGAUUAGCGGGUGGUGAUACCAGUCCAUAUCAUGAUAGAUCACCAAAUAAUUGGGCUUUCUUUCCAAGUGAUGGUAGUGGUACUCAAAUAAUUGGAGGCCAACCACAAUUAACAUUAUCACCACAAAUACCUCCAUUACGUGAUUUACAAGGAACAUCAGAAUCAGUUACUGGUCAUCAUGGUGGUAUUCAUACAUAUAGUAUGGAUGAAGAAAUUCCACCAAAUGUUGUUCCACCUUUAAUUUAUAUAGAUCAACCAACUCCAAGUACAACAUCAACUAGAAAUUUAACAACAGCUCCACCAUUGAAUCGAGAUGGUGCCGGUGACAAUGAUUUAAUAAGGAGACGUUAA